CGAGACGCACGCGCGCGCGGUCGUCGCGUCUUCUCCAACGCCCCGGAGAACAUGCCGCCGCCGCUCGUGAGGGACGGCGAGACGAUCGGCAACCGGUUCAAGAUCCAAGGCGCGAAACCCAUCGGCGUCGGGCAGUUCGCGCAGGUGUUCAGAGCGAUCGAUCUCGAAUCGCCGUCGUCCUCCAACCCGAGCGCGGUCGCGGUGAAGAUCGAGUUCGAGGACAAGACGCACUCGCGCGAGCUGAAAGCUCUCAAUGACCUCCAAGGAUGCGUGGGCGUGUGCGACGUCGUCGCGUCCGGCGCGGUGUCCGGCGGGAAGUCCCCUUACAUCGUCAUGUCCCUCGUGGGCGAAAACCUCGCGAGCGUGCGCGCGUCGAGGGUGCGCGACGCGACGCACACGCAGUCCACGACCGGGUGGAUCGGCGCGCAGAUGCUCGACAUCUUGCGCGGGAUACACGAGCGCGGGUACGUGCACAGAGACGUGAAGCCGUCGAACGUCACGCUCGGCGGCGGGGGCGGUUCGAACGGCAACCUCGACGCCGCGGCGGAUCGACAGCUCUUCCUGAUCGACAUGGGGGUGACGAAGAAGUUCGAGAUCGGCGGAGGCGCGUUCUUCUCACACUGGUUCCCAUACGACCCCGAUGGCGUGGUGAACGCCGCUCCUUAAGGACUUUUCCCG